AUGACAAAGUCAAUGACGGAUCAAAGUAAUGAGGAAGGCGGCGUAAACAGAUUUUUGGUCCUUGCGACGUACCUCUUUAUGAUCUUUUUAACGGGAUGCGUGUAUUGGGGAUGGAACGGCAUGCAAAAGCUGCUCUACAAGGCAGGAGCAUUUGAAGAUUUAUGCUUUGAAGCAACUGAUGUCUCCUCCAUUUCAGUGGGAAAUGUACAAUAUCUCGACUGCGGAGCCAGAAAGAGCAAUAUAAACAAUCUAUACACAAUUGCAUAUUCGACUCAUUUCAUAUCCUCUGUAUUUGUAGGACUCGUUCUAGACAAGAUUGGCCCAAAGUACUGCUACAUUACCGGCCAAUUUAUCAAUUUUAUCGUAUGGAUAUUUAUUAGUACUUUCCCAAAACAGCCAAUUGUCCUCUACACUGGGUUUUUCCUCAUGGGACUCACUGCAGAAUCAAUUUAUAUGCCACUCAUCACAGUCUCGUACUACUUUCCCGAGAACCGAUCAUUCAUCAUCUCAUGUCUGGGCUCAACUCGCUCAGUCUCAUUUGUCAUUCCCACAAUUCUCGCAGCGAUAUUUAAACUCGACUAUUUUAAACCGGACUCACUCUACAUUAUUGGUGUCUCUUAUGCGCUAGUUGGGAAUUUGCUUUGUCUCGUGCUUGGCAUUUUCAUUAUUCAAGCGCCAAUGCAUGUAAAUAAUGGCGCGAUUGAGCGCAAUACAGAAAAUGCACGGAGCAUGGAUGCUGACGCCAUGUGCGAGAAAAGGGGAGGCAUGGCAAAAAUGGUAGAGAGGGCAAGGCAACUCUACAGGCAUCCGCAGUGCAUGGAGUACAUUCUAGCGCUGAUUUGCAUUUGCCUCUUUUUAUCGUCCGUCGAGUUUGUCAACAAGUCUCAGCGCGAGCUCUUGACAACAUCAGAUGGUGGAACAGUUGUCGAAAUCUUUCAAUACUUUAACAUCCUUACAUUUUUGCCGGCUCCCCUGCUAGGGUUGCUCAUGGACAAAUUUGGCCCGGCGGUGGUUCUCGUCAUUUUGCACUCGUGCUGUGCCUUGUACUAUUUCUGUGUAACAUUUGAUGUCUAUACUGUAAAGCUGGCGGCGUGCUUCUUUUAUCUCAUUUCAGGUUCGGUGUGCGUAUCAAGCAUGUACUGUUACAUCAGCACGCGGUUCCCCGCUGAGCACUUUGGAGUUUUGAUUGGCGUGCUCUUUGUAUUUGCAGGAUUGGUUACUCUGACUAACAUUCCCCUUUAUAAUUUGGGAAGUCAGUAUCUGAAGCAUUUGGCUCCAUACAAUUUUCGGCCCAUUGCGUUGAUUUUGAUGACUUAUAUGAUUGUUUGCGUCUGCCUGAGCUCCAUCCUCGUUUACAUUUCAAAAAAGAACCCCGUCCAAGUUUACACGAAAAAGUCUGAGACUUCUCAGGUGUAA